AUGGAACCAGGGAAUCUCAUGUGGGUAUCAGAUUUUGUCUUCCUGGGGCUCUCACAGUCUCAGCAGCUCCAGAUUUUCUUGUUUUUGGUGUUCCUGUUUGUCUACAUCACCACUGUGGUGGGAAACCUCUUCAUCAUAGUCACAGUGACUUCUGAUUCGCGGCUCCACACACCCAUGUAUUUUCUGCUUCGAAACCUGGCUGUCAUAGACCUCUGUUGUUCCACAGUCACCUCCCCAAAGAUGCUGGUGGACUUCUUUCAUGAGACCAAGACCAUCUCCUACAGGGGCUGCAUGGCCCAGAUCUUCUUCUUCCACCUCUUUGGAGGUGGGACUGUCUUCUUCCUCUCAGUGAUGGCCUAUGACCGCUUCGUUGCCAUUUCCCGGCCCCUCCACUAUGUCACCAUUAUGAACACUCAGCUCUGUGUGGGGCUGGUGGUGUCCGCCUGGGUGGGGGGCUUUAUCCACUCCAUUGUCCAGCUGGCUCUGAUGCUCCCGCUGCCUUUCUGUGGCCCCAACAUCCUGGAUAAUUUCUACUGCGACAUUCCCCAAGUAUUGCGACUUGCCUGCACUGACACCUCCCUCCUGGAGUUGCUCAUGAUCUCCAACAGUGGGAUGCUGGUUCUCAUCUGGUUCCUCCUCCUCCUGGUCUCCUACUCAGUCAUCCUGGCAAUGCUGAGGUCCCACUCAGGGCAGGCAAGGAGGAAGGCAGCUUCCACUUGCACCACCCACAUCAUCGUGGUGUCUAUGAUCUUCAUUCCAAGCAUUUACCUCUACGCCCGGCCCUUCACUCCAUUCCCCAUGGACAAGGCUGUGUCCAUCAGCCACACGGUCAUGACCCCCAUGCUCAACCCCGUGAUCUACACCCUGAGGAACCAGGAGAUGCAGGCAGCCGUGAAGAGACUAGGGAGGCGCCGGCUGGUUUGGAAAGUAGAGUGA